UACAAAAACCGCAACUCGUAACAACAUGUCGUCUCCUUGGGCCAAAAUCGACAAGCCUGAACCAAUAAAUUUGGAUGACAUCAUGUCCGAAGAGGUAGCUAGAGAACUGCAAGCGAAGGAGGAAAAGAAUUUACUGAAGCACCUCCAUCCAGGUUCUAAUGAUAAUGUGGCGUGUUCAGAAGAACCUGUCGAUAUUCCUGACGAGAUACUAAAAGCUAUUAGUGAUGACAGCUUCGAAAGCGACGAAGCCAUAGCUAAGCUACUCCAAAUGCAAUUCGAUAAGGAAUACGAUGAAGAAUUGAAACGCGUCGAAGGAAAAUACAAUGGAACUUCCAAAGUUUCCAUAUCAUUCGAUAACUACAGAAGGGUUCCUCUAAACCAGGACUUCCUGAGCGAUUCCGAAGACGAAGAAAUAGUCGAUAUAAGAGACAGAAAGGACUGGGACAGGUUCGAUAGUCUAAAAAAGGAAUUCAACUCCAUACCACAGUGCGGUUACAAAACCAACAAAGACGGCAAAAUGAUUACAAAACACGACGGUGUAAUGAGCGGAAGAAACAACGCUUGCAAGUUACUCUCUUUCCCUCCGGAAUUCCAAACGGGAGACGGAGAAACCUUCGAUUUGAAGCUAUCCAAUAAAGUUUUCAACAGUUUGAAGUUACAUUCGAAUAAAGAGCAAGUUAGGAGGCACAAAUUGAACGACAAAAAAGAAGAUCAAGCCACCGCUGAAUUCGGUAUCGACGAAUACACACGUCUCAUUCUCUACAAACUGAUAAAUAAUCAACUAUUGGAAAAGGUUAAUGGAGUUAUCAGUAUAGGUAAGGAGGCUGUGAUAUUACACGCCGAUACCGAUCCCGGUUUUCCCUUUGAUCCCGAUUUGCCUAAGGAAUGCGUACUAAAAGUAUUCAAGACGACCCUUGCGGAGUUCAAACAACGGGAUAAAUAUAUCAAAGACGACCACAGGUUUAAGGACAGGAUUGGCAAGCAAACGGCCCGUAAAACCGUUCACAUUUGGGCGGAGAAAGAAAUGGCUAACCUCAUGCGAUUGGCCAAAUCGGGCAUCCCCUGUCCCAAAGUGGUUACUUUAAAGAAACAUGUGUUGGUUAUGUCGUUCAUCGGAGACGAUCACAAACCCGCUCCGAAAUUGAAGGACGCCAUUUUGAGCGAUGCGGAUUACAUGGUGGCCUACGACGAAGUGAUAGAAGGCAUGAAGGCAUUGUACGAUAAAGCGAAUUUAAUUCACGCCGAUUUAUCGGAGUAUAACAUUUUGUGGCACGAGGAUAAAUGUUACUUUAUCGAUGUUAGUCAGUCGGUGGAGCCGAGUCACGAGAACGCUUUUCAUUUUCUUCUGAGAGACUGCAACAAUGUUCUAAACUUUUUUUCCAAAAAAGGAGUACCGGAGGUGAUGUCGCCUGAAGAACUGUUUGAAUCCAUAACGGGAUGUAAAUUCCAAGAUAAGGUUGCGUUGGAUACUAUAAGGGAAUCGUUCAAGCUCAAGCCCCAUCUAGUUAAUAAACCCGGUGUUGAAUUGAAUUACAAUUUUGACACUGCCUGGAAAAAGGCCAAAUCCAAAGAGAUGCCUCAGGUAGAGGUCGUUUUGCCGGUUGAAAAUGUUUUAGAUGAUGUCGAUAUAGCUCCAGUUGAACCUGCAAAAGCGUAAUUUGUUGUAUUUAUUUUCAUUAUAAAGCUAAAAGUAAAAUGAAGAAUAUAUAUUUAUAUUUCGUUGCUAACCAUUUGAGAUAUGUUAUGUCUAAUCGAUUUUUCUUCUCCAUUCCGGAACGCCGAGUUUGGGUAAUUGUUUAAUAGGAAUCGGAGUUUGUUCCGGGUAAAUAUUGUCAUCGUGUAAUCGGUUUAUCCAUUGUCUGGUGGGUUUGAAUAAUCUUUCCGGAUCCCUCGGGACUAGUUGGGUGGAUUUGCUUCUCGAAGGUUUCUGAGCCUGAUGUUGAUUCUUACUGUUCUUCAUUUGUAGGAUAUAUAAAUCGUCUCGUGUUUGGAAUUCUUUAAUGAGUUUGUUGGCUGUUAUCGCUUUGAGUUUUCGAUCGUUUUCUUGUUGGAAUUCCGCGCGUAAUUUUUGUUGUUCUUCCAAAAAUAAUUUAGUUCUUUUCCAUUCUUCUACUAUUCUUUUCGUUUCUUCGUUUUUCUGUUUUCUUUUGCUCUCCAGUUCUUUCUUUUUGAGGUAGUUUUCCCGUUCGGUGCUUAUUUGUGUUUGGAAAAUCAUAUCUUUGUUUUGCUUCCAUUUCGAUAGUUUUUCUUUUAAAUCUUCGUGGGUUAUUGUUAUUUUUGAUUGCACGGGAGGUUUGCUAAUUGAAAUUGCUUUAUGUUUGGAUUCUUGCCACUUUUUAAUGGCUUCUUUUUUGUUGUUUUCUAGGAUUAAAUACUCUUUGUACCAUUCCUCGUGUUGUUUAAUCUCCUCGAUAGUUUUAUCGGGUAGAAGUUCGUUGAGUUUCCUAGCUGAUGUAUCUGGGUUUUUGAAUUUGUUUCUACAUUUGAUGAAUAAUUGGUGAUCGGUCGGGUCCCAGCCAUUUUCAUGACCUCCGCUUCUGUGGAGGAAAUCUAUAAAUUCUCUUAUUUCUAUACAGCUCACUUUGGAAUCUGGGGUUUUGUAGUUUGUUUUGGAGUUGAUUUUAUUUAUAUCGAUAGGUUGUGACCAUUCGUUUACUUUUUCUAUGUAAUAAUCGACGUCUUGGUUGAUAUCGAAAAAAUCGUUUUUUAAAUAUUUCAUUUUCGUAAUGGUGUUGUCCAUUAAAUACUGUAUGGAAUCUUGAAUUGAUAUCAUAUCGUGUUUCAACUGGCUUAAGUCUAUGUUGAGUAGCGUGUUGUUUUGCUUCAAGAAAUGUUUUUUAGAAUUAAUAUUAUCUCUUAUUUCGUUGAUUAGGAUUUUUAGUUCUUUCCUUUCGUUUUGUCGUAGCUCUUCCAAACUUGAAGACAGGCUGUGGAUUCUUGAACAAUUAGGAUAAUUUUUUAAAUUUUCUAUAAUCGAGAAUAUAGUUUUUUCUAUACUCUGUUGAGCACAAUUUAACUUAUUUAAGUCGCUGUUAAAAUUAAAAGCCAUUUUUAUAAAUUCCGAGUACAACUCGAAAAGUUUGUUUGUAUUUUUGAAUCCCUUGUUUCC